UAGCUGUCGCAGGCGAACCGGGGGUGAGGGAACCACCACAACCAUCACACACACACAGGCACCCACACAAACCCACUUCUAACCUGCCGAAGUAAUAUAGUACUAUAGCCACAAUGCCCUUGCUCGUGUACCUGAGUUUCUUAUGCGCGCUUGGAGCGACCUGUUUGGGCAAUUCCACCACACCUCAGCCUGUGACGACAGAGGAGGACCCCGAGCAGUGCUCCACAUGCGAAUUCAGGCACCAGAGCAAGCUGAUGCGGCUGCACACCAUCAAGUCCCAGAUCUUGAGCAUCCUCCGCCUGGAGCAGGCUCCGAACAUCAGCCGGGACAUGAUCAAGCAGCUCCUGCCCAAAGCGCCACCUUUACAGGAGCUCUUGAGCCAGUACGACCUGCAGCUCGAGGAUAAGGAGGUUGCCACAGCCGACGAUGGGGAACUCGCCACAACUGAAACCAUCAUCACCAUGGCCACCGAGCCUCAAUCAAUCGUCCAAAUAAACGGGCUGCCCAGAUGCUGUUUAUUCUCCCUCAGCCCAAAGAUACUGACCAACAACAUAUUAAAGGCUCAGUUGUGGAUAUACCUCCGACCUACUGCGGAAGCCGGCACGGUCUUCCUACAGAUAUCGCGCCUGAAACCCCCGUCUGAGGGCAGCACAAGGACGAUCAUCAGGUCUCUGAAAAUCGAGGUAGAUGCUGAGACCAGCUCCUGGCAAAGCAUCGAAAUGAACCAGCUGCUCAUCUCGUGGCUCAAGCAGCCAGACACUAAUAUGGGUAUCGAAAUCAAGGCGUUUGAUUCCAACGGAGAGGACCUAGCCGUUACCUCUGCAGAAUCUGGAUCCGAAGGACUGAAGCCUUUCAUGGAGGUUAAAAUAACGGAGACGCCGAAGCGCUCCAAACGGGAUACGGGUCUCGACUGUGACGAGCACUCCCCAGAGUCCCGUUGCUGCCGCUACCCUCUCACAGUGGACUUUGAAGACUUUGGCUGGGACUGGAUUAUCGCCCCGAAGCGGUACAAAGCCAACUAUUGCUCCGGGGAGUGCGAAUACAUGCACCUGCAGAAAUACCCGCACACGCACCUGGUGAACAAGGCUAGCCCGCGGGGCACCGCCGGUCCCUGUUGCACGCCCACUAAGAUGUCACCGAUCAACAUGCUCUACUUCAAUCGAAUGGAGCAGAUUAUCUACGGAAAGAUCCCUUCAAUGGUGGUGGACGUAUGCGGCUGCUCCUAAACCCCUAUCUGGUGACUGUGUCCUAAUGGAGGAAAAUGACUUUGACUGACCAAAUGUCAAGUAACUGACAUUAUAUUGAAAGAUGCAAAUGUAUAAUACAUAAAAAAAACCACACACUCUCUUCUUCAUCAACCCAACUCUUAAGAAGACAGUACUCAACCUAUCACAUUAUGUUACAGAAAUGUAUGCGUAAAAUGAUCUAUCUAGGCCUACAACAUGUAAUAAUUAUUACUUCAUUUGGCAGGAAGGAAUGUUUAUUGUCACUUUAAUUAAAGGGCAACAUUUUUGAUAUUAUAAACAGCAUGCAGAUAUGUGAAUAAUCGAGACGAACACAAAUGACCUCCUUUCCC